AUGCGCUCAGCCGCAAUAGGCACGUUAAUGAGUAAGGCAGCAAAUGGAAGUCCAGUCGCAAGAGGAAUGAAUAUAAGUAUCGGUGUGGUUCUCAGAAGUAGCCGUUUCACUUUGUUAUCCAAUCAAGCCCUCUCCACCAUUACAACCAUGCCCUCAGCUACUACCCCCACCUACUCGGUGGACGAUCUCAUCGGACCCUGCAGACUGACCCUCGGCACCAUCGAAUUCAUCCACGGAGGCUACGUCCAAGUGGACAAGAAGGACGUGUUCCACGAGCAGAUUUACCACAAUACAAAAACCUUCAUCAAGAAGGACGGCGCCGUCAAGAUCAUUGAGGCCAACAAGUACGCCCCCGGCCCUGCAGUAAGCCAUCAUGCCGUGGUGCUGGAAGACAAGAUCAUUGUCUUUGGAGGCUACUACCGAAAGAGCCACUGGUUCGAGAACAGAGACAACUCCAUUUUUGUGUUUGACAACAAGACCGAGCAGUGGGUGGACGCCAAAAUGGUCCAUUUCCAUGAGAAGUUCAGCAUUCCCGAGAACAUUCCUAACAGCGAUUUGGACACUCCUCGAAUCUACAUUGGAACUCGACGACAGCUCAACAACAUGAAGCAGUGCGAGGAACAUUGUGUCAGCCAGCCAAACGGCCACUCUCUUCACGAUUACCAAAUCACCGCCAACAACAAGGACCUGGAUGAUGUCGUCAAGGUUGGUGUCUUCUCCUCCAAGCUCUCCGAAUUUCCCAAGUUGCUUGAUAACAUGGAUAACGUCUCCAAAACAAUCCAUAUCGACCAGCCUGCCGAAUGGGUGGAAGCUUUCCAACAGUAUACUCUCACUGGAGUUGUUCCUGACAACUUUGACCAGCUCUGUGGCCUUCUGAUCAUGGCCAAGACUUACGAAAUUGAAGAUCUCAAGGUGAAGGCCACCGAGAAGCUGCUCUCUAUGGAUCCCCCCUGUGCCUCCUCGGCCAUUGUUGGAUGGUACAGAGCCUACUGUGCAGGCAACCGCAAGAUUCGCAACAAAAUCGCCAAGGACUGCUUGAAAUUUGGCAAGGAAUGUGCCGGUAAGGAGAUGGAGAUGCUCCAGACCCAAGGAUUGCUCGUGGACUUCACCAGCGACAUGUUUGCCUAA